AUGAGGAGGAAACCGUUUAACUUGAGAGAGCGUCUACUCUCAACGGUGGUCGAAUAUUCCGCUCUUCAUGGAAAAAUGGAAGAACUAGGCGGCUACAGCUACCGCAUGGGAGCUUUACAAUAUCGCCAGAAAGCCGAGCGCCUUUCUUCGCUGAUGAGGAGGGAACCGUUUAACUUGAGAGAGCGUCUACUCUCAACGGUCGAAUUUUCCGCUCUUCAUGGAAAAUUGGAAGAACUAGGCGGCUACAGCUACCGCACGGGAGCUUUACAGUAUUUCUGUCUCGACGUAAUAUUCGUUAUUCUUGUAAUGGUUGCGUUACAAAUCACUGCUUUUGCAUACGGUAUUCGGAAAAUUUCUGAUCUUGUCCUUUCUCGCAAGAAAGGUAUGCAAUUGAAACUGAAUGGCAUUUCGAUCGAACAACGAGUGAUCAAUGCU